AUGGGCCUUGGUCCUGACGAUGAAGUCCGGCAAUCGGUUAAGGGCACAUCCAUCUUGACGCAUGAGUCACGGCCUGUAGUCUCGUCCCCCGGGGUCGAAGGUCCAACACAGUCUGACACUACUGCUCAGAGGCAACCCACCCUCUUCUCGGUCGAGCACGAUGGAUCCUCAGAAAACAGUCUUUCUGACGAGGUGCAAGUCGGGAGGGUCGAUCCUAGGAAGAUAGUGUAUUUCUCGCCAUCUGAUCCUGAAAAUCCGUACAAUUGGUCCAAGGGAAAGAAGCUGUACAUGUUUGCUACCGGCAUCAUCACCGUCUUCAACAGCACGUUGGGGUCGUCCUUACCCAGUGGAGCGAUAUCCUUUAUCGCCAAACAUUUUGACAUUACAGAUGACAUCCAACUGCCAUUGCCGAUAUCUUGUUUCCUUGCCGGGUAUGUGGUAGGACCGAUGCUUUGCGGUCCCCUCUCCGAGAACAAUGGUCGAAAACCCGUCCUCCUUGCGUUCUUCCUGGUUUCCACGAUAUUCACGAUGGCGUCGGCCGUGGCGCCUAGUUGGCCGACUCUGCUGUUCUUCCGCUUCAUCUGUGGAGUGGGGUUGUCUGCUCCAAUUUCCAUUGCCGGCGGACUGUACGCGGAUAUUUACGACGAUCCCCGGGAGAGAGGAGUGGCCAUGGCUUGGUUCAUCGUCGCUACCAGCUCAGGUCCGGUCGUGGCACCCGUCAUCUCUGGAUUCAUCGCCGAGAAUGCGACAUGGCGAUGGGUAUUCGGUUUUGCAACACUCUUCUCAGUGGCAACGUUACCCCUCAUCAUAUUCAUGCCCGAGUCCUUUGGCCCUGUCCUUCUCAGUCGCAGGGCAAAGAGACUUCGCAGAGAAACAGGCGAUCCAGACAUCAUCGCAAAGGCCGAGCUCCAGAAAAAGACGUUUCGGCAUGUUGUCACCGUGGUCAUGACACGGCCCUAUCGCAUGCUCUUCAAUGAAGUCAUUGUCAUGUCUUGUUGUGCGUAUUGCGCGCUGGCCUACGGCAUCUUCUACCUCUAUUUCGAAGCCUAUCCGAUCAUCUUCCAGGGCCCGGAUUCGGUGUACAAGUGGUCGUGGGGUAUUUCAGGGUUGGCUUUUCUGCCCAUUGGCAUCGGUUCUUUCCUCGCGGCUCCAAUCCUGUUGGCAUGGGACUCGUAUCUGGCCAAGGCACAGAAACGGAACGCCAAAUGGGCCAACCAAGAAGAAUAUCGACGCUUGCCGCUGGCUUGCCUUGGUGGGCCGCUCUAUGUGGUGUCACUGUUCUGGAUCGGUUGGAGUGCCAAACCCGGCAUGCAUUGGCUGGCCCCUGUGGCCUCCGGCGUGCCCUUUGGUUUGGGUUUCGUACUCAUCUUCAUGGCGUUGCUGAACUAUUUGAGCGACUCGUACAUGAUCUUUGCUGCCAGUGCUCAAGGCAUAGCCAGUACCUGUCGCAGCGUCUUUGGCGCGUUACUGCCGUUAGGGGCACAUCGCAUGUUUUCUUCCCUGGGUGUUCCCUGGGCUUGCAGUCUGCUGGCCUUUUUAAGCCUGGGCAUGUGUCUGAUCCCUGUGGCCUUCAUCAAAUAUGGAGACCAGAUCCGAGAUAACAGCAGCUUUUGCAAGCAGUUGAAAGCGAUGCAAGACCAGGAGGCUGCUGAGCGAAAGGACAAUGAAGCAGAGUCGGCGGACGUGGGAGAGGGAGAGGGACAGGGACAGGAGACAAUAUAUGAAAAGGUGUGA